AUGUUGCCUAAAUGGAAGUUUAUAAUCAACAACUGGAUAAACUGUUAUUUUGAUGAAUCCAACCAAGACGUACGGCAGGUCAACAUAGAUUCUCUUCUCACCAUAAUAUCACAUUUACGUGAAAAUUUGAAUUUAGACGAAUCAAAAUCGUCUGUGUUAGAAGCACGAACAGUUGAGGAGUUUAUUUUGGAGAAGUAUCCUGCUUUUAAAUUUAACAAUGGAACUGUAAAGGCGAGUAAUGAAGACGAUAUCUACUUAGUGGCGUCGUUGCUCCUUUUCUUUGUGUGCGUUAACUCAAAAAAUAUGGAUAUAAAGAGUGCUAUGUGUAGCAAGCUGAGUGUGGAUGACCAGGAAAUUAUUAUGAAAUUCAGUAAACUCUUAAUGGAGUGCUCUUUUAUUGCAUGUGAAGAUAUUCAGACAGCUAUUACAGAGGCGUGUGGCAAUGAUGUCGCCAACAUAGACGCAGGCCAUCUCAGGUUAGCUGUGGCAGAGACUCCCCCAGCUUUGAGAUCGUUACAUGGUGAGGUGCGGCGCCUCCAGGCAGCUCUUGAUGCAGAGCGUUUUGAUCGGAACUUUUUGCAGGAGGAACUUGCUAGGACUAAUUUGAGGCUGGAGAAAUUAUCUAAAGAUAAAGAAGAAUACAAGUUGGAGAUAAUGGACCUAAAGACGAAGAUAUCUCUUUGUUGCCGAGGAGACCAUGAUGCACGACAAAUGGAGAGUAGUGAGAAGCAAUCUUCGAAGUUAGCGCGUCAGUUACAAGAUAUGGAGGAGCGUCUCAUAAAGACCCAGGAACAGUUAGAGGAAGCUGUUUAUGAGAAAGAUAAUCUUAAAGCGAAGAUUGAAGGGUUAAAACAAGAUCGCGACAAAUGGUUAAACCUCAGUCAACAAGAGAGUGCCCGCGCUGUGCAGCUGUCAGAAGAGUUGGAGACUGAACGAGAACAGCUGUUGUCGUUAAAAGAGCUUGUAAUUGAACUGCGCCAACACAACCAGCUCAAUAAGCUGGACUCUAGUCUGUUAGAGUGUGACGACCCUGAUGCUAGCAUACAGUCUUUGGGACGUAAUUUGUCCCUCUGUAGCGAAGCUUGUGCUAACGUCAUCGAAGUACAGUUAAGCGAAGAAAGAGCCAAGGUCGAUGCGCUGAAACAGCAGAUUCAAACUUUGCAGAAGGAAAAUGAACAGUUACAUUUUGCCAUAGAAGAGGACAACAGCAACCACGAAGUUAUAGUUAAAGAAAAAGAUUGUAUUAUUGACAAUCUGGAACAACAACUUAAAGCAAAAAAUACUCUGCUGGAAUCGCUUCAAAAAGACCAUGAAGAAGUUACAUUAUCUUGGGAGAAGCACAAAUUGAAAACUAGAGAAAUUAUAGAAGUUAAAGAAGAACGAAUCCGAAAACUGAGUGAGCAUUUAGGUUCAUUAAAACAAGAAUUUGCAGAUCUUGAAGAUGUUAAUCGAGAAUUGACUGAAAAAAUUGACAUAAUCAUCGAAGAAUCUGCUGAUUUAGAGAAAAAAUACAAGGAAAAAUUAUUAGAAGGCAAUUUGGCAAUGACAGUGUUGUUGAAUGAUAAAGAAUCAUUAGCAGUUGAAAAUAACUCAUUAAAACAAGGAAUGCUUGAGCUGAAAUCUGUCCAAGAAUUGCUUCUAAAUGAUAAACAGUUUCUAAUGGCUGAGAAAGAGACUCUUGUUGAAUCUCUACAGGUAGAGAAGUCUGCACGUGAUACAAUUGAGAAUGAAAAGGAGGGGUUAUGUUUAAAGUUGAAGGAAUUUAAUGAACAUCAUGUAUCUGAAAUAAACAGUAAACAAGUGCAGCUUGAAAAUAUAACUCAAGACAUGAAGAGAUUACAAAUCAAAUUUGAAGAUUUAAGAGAACUCUUCAAGCAGAUGACUGUUAUACUGAAUGCUGGUCUAGAUAAGCUCAUAGAAGACUUUAAAAAAGAUAAUGGCAUUAAGAAAAUUUUACAAAAUGUAAUUAAUUUUGAUAACAAUCAAGUUUCUUCUGCCGACAAAUGCGAUCUGAUUUUAAGUAUUGCGAAAAAACUUUAUACAACAGUUAUUAUGAAAAAGAAAGAGCUACACCAUAGUAAUACAGCAUUGAAGUCUCAGAAGGCAACAGUUAAACAGAGAGAACAGGAAAUACUUGAACUGCAGAAUAAUAAUAAACAAUUGCAAGAAACUAUUAGUGACAUUAACAAUGAAUUAUCUAAACAAAAUGAGACAUUCACAAAUACAUUAGAUGAAAAAUUUAAAGAAAUACAAUUGCUGCAACAAGGCAAUCAGAGUCUAACGAAUGAGUUAAACACAGUGAAAAUACAAAUGGAACUAAAGGUUCACUCUUUAAAAGAGAAGCUUGUGGAUAGUGAAAAUCAAAUGGAUGAAUUGAAGAAAAAUUAUGAAUGUCAAAUUGAGAACUUAAAUAUUAUGGUCACAAAACUUACUGAACAUCUGAAAGCAAAAACUUAUGAAAUUCAGAUCACUGUGCGAGACAGGGAUCAGUUGCAACAAUGCAUUGAAGAAAAUAAGAAAGCUAUAAAAGCUUUAGAAGAACAGCUGAAGGCUAAAGUACAAGAUCUGGAAACAGUUACGAAUGAUUUUGAAUCAGAAAAGCUAGUUUUAAAAAAUAUGCUGACUGUCACCGAGUCUGUAAUGGAAGACCACAAAAUAUCUUUAAAUAAUACUAUUACCGAAUUGACGAACAAAAAUAUAGUAUUACAAGACGAGAUUAGAGGCAUAAAAGAGCAAAGACUAAACGAAAAAACAAAUUUGGAACUCGAAAUUCGAGAAAAACAAUUGUCUUUAGAGACGAUACAAAAGGAGUUGGUAGAAUUGAAAAUCCAGAAACAAUUUAUAGAAAAAGAAAAGGCAACAACAGAUAAGGAAGUGAUGUCACUGAAAAGUGAUUUCAUAAAGAAAGAAAAUGAAAUCAUCAAAGCAAAUGAGGAACACAAAGCUAUGCAGUCACUUAUAGAAGAAAAAGUGACGUUGCUUUUAGGUGAUAUUAAUAUUAAAGAGGAAGAAAUUAAGAAAGUGCUUUUAGAAAAGAAUGCAUUGGAAAAUGUAAUACGAAAUUAUGAAGAAAAUGUCUUUACGUCUUUAGAAAAUCAAAAUACAGAGUUAAAGAUUGAAAUUGACGCUUUGGAAAUAGAACAUCAAACCAAGGUACAUACACUUACUGAAUUACUACAAAAGGAGAGAGAAAACAAUAAAGACUUGCAUAUCCAAAUUAAUAAAAAGUCAGAAACUGUAACAGAUAUGGAAAAUAAAGUGCAAAAUCUUGAAGCAGAAUUGAACACUUUGAAAGAAGAAAAAAGUAAAUUGAUGGAUGAUAAGAAUUAUUUACUGGCCACAAUUAAUGAGUUAGAGGAGAAAUCCUUUAGAAAUUCAGAGUUAAUAAAAACUUUACAAGAUGAUAAUAUGAAAGUAGAAGAAAUAAUUUCCAAAAUAAGUGAAGAUAAAAUGAAAUUAGAACAGCACAUUGAUAUACUUAAAAAAGAAAAAGCAGAAUUUGAACAUACUAUUGCAAAAUUGAACACAGAUAUAAAAGAAUUGAAUCAGAAUAUUCUUGUAAUUAAAACAUCUAAUUCAGCCUUACAAGAGGAUGUUAAUAAAUUAAAAGAUGCUAAUACUCUGCUAGAAGAAGAUACUGUAAAAUUGAAUCAAGACAAUAUGAAAUCAAAAGAGGAUAUGGACAAUUUAGACAAACUUAACGCAGAAUUAGCAGGACAAAUUAAGAAAUUUGAAAAGGAACAUAAUGAAUUAGCUAACACCAUUAUUAAAGAAAAAAAUGCACGAGAGGAACAAGAUAAAGAAAUAUCUAAUAUUCUCAGUUCUGGCGUAACUAAACUGUUACAAGAAUUCCAGAAGGAGGGAAUAACAAAUGAAACCAUUCAACAGCUAAUUAACAGUGACAAGAACGAUACUUCGACAGUUGACAAAUGUGAUAUGCUUAUAAAUAUUGCUAACAUGGUGACUGUUGAAGCUAUUAUGAGAAAGAAUUUGGAAAAAGCUCUAGAGCAUGAAGACGCAGCGUUAUUAGAAUUAAGAAAAGUGUUGCAACAAAAAGAAAUGCAAAUUUCGGAACUACAGACUGAGACUAAACAACUGCAACAAGUUAUCAGUGAAAAUAAAAUAGAAUUCUCAAAGCAAAACGACAUGCAUGCUACAGAAUUAGACAAGAAGACAAGAGAACUGCAAAUAAUUCAGCAAGAUAACGCAUCUCUAACAAACGAUUUGAAUGAUGUAAAGAUACAGUUAGAAGUCAAAGUUCACUCCCUAAAAGAGAAACUUGUUGACAACGAGAAUUUGACAGAUAAAUUAAAGAGAACUUAUGAAUGUCAGAUAGAUAAUUUGAACAUUAUGAUUACUAAGUUGACCAACUAUUUGAAAGACAAAUCGAAUGAAUUAGAAGUUGUCAGGAAAGAAAAAGACCGAUUACAGCAAGUUUUAGAAAUAAAUAAUAAAGCAAUAAAAUCUUUGGAAGAGGAAAUAAAAACUGAGAAACUGAGCCAAGAGAAACUAAUGAAUGAUUUUGAAUCAGAAAGGCAAGUUAUAAAGAAUAUGGUUGCUGUCACCGAGUCUGUCAUGGAAGACCAGAAAGUGAUAUUUAAAAACACCAUUUUAGAAAAAGAUAAAGCCAUAGAAAUGUUAGAAGAAGAAAAAAUAACUCUAAGUAAUGAACGAAAUGAGCUUGAACUGAAACUGCAGGAGAAAGAAACAGCUUUGGCACUUACGCAGAACGAGAUUAUAGAGCUGAGACUUGAAAAAGAUAAUUUGGAAAAAGAAAUAACAUUACUGAAAGAAACAUCACACAAGGACAUUACGGCUCUACAAGGCGAAAUUCAGAUAAAGGUAGAUGAAGUGAUGCAAUUGAAAGAAAACAAUAAUCAAUUAGAAGUUAUUAACAAAAAUUAUAAAGAUAGUGCAGAGUCUUUAGCAAAUGAAAAUAGUGAGUUAAAAAUUAAGAAGGAUGCCAUUGAAGUGGAGUUCCGCGAUAAGGUUGAAAAAUUAACUGAAUCCCUUCAAGAGCAAAUAGAUAAUAAAAAGGACUUAAAUAUUGAGCUUAACGAAAAAACUAGCAGGGUAUUGGAAUUAGAAGACAAAAUUAAACAUCUUGAAACUAAAAUAAAUGGUUUAGAACAAGAGAAAACUGAUUUAAUUAAAGAGAGUGAUAGUAAUGUGAAUAAAGUUAACGAAAUACAAAGUUUAUUUGAAACAUAUAAAUUGAAAGCUGAUAAGGAAACUACUCGACUGACUAAAGAUAAAACAGAAUUAUUAGAAGAAAUCGACAAUAUAAAAACGAAUAACAAAGAACUAGAAGCUGACAUACAUAAAUUAACGCAAUUUAUUACCAACUUAAAAGAGCAAAUUGCUAAAUUGCAAGAGGACAAUGCUCUACAAUCAGAGGAAGUUAUUAAAUUGAGAACCGAGAAUGAGAAAUUGACAGCGGAAGUGACCAAAUUGACGAAUGAUAAUAUGAAAAUGGUUGCUACCAUUGAGGAGAAGAAAGCUGACAUAACAAAUUUGGAAAUGACUAUACAAUCUGAACAAGAACGUUAUAAGAAUCUUGAGUUGGACUUAGCUAUAGAGAAAACUGUUGUGUCGAACAAAAAUGAUAAACAAAAGGAGUUAGAGGAGAGACAACAAAAAGAAAUACUGUCAUUACAAAAAGAAUUACAAACUUUAAAAGCUUCUUUUGAAUUGUGUGUGACAGAAUCUGUGGCUAAAGACGGACUCAUUUCCAAAAUGAGUAAAGAAAAAGAUGUUAUAAUAAAUAACAUCAACAAGGAGCUUCUACAAGAAAAAGCGCUUAGAGAAAAGUAUCAGAAUGACCUAGAAGAGAAAAACACAAUUAUUAGCGAAUUGAAAAAGGAUUUAAAUGAUAUGAAUAAUGAAAAGGAAGCUUUAAAAAUUAUUACUAAAGAAAAUGAACUGCUCCUAAAAGCUGUCGGACAAAGAGAGACAUUUGCAGUACGCAGUCAAGAAAAUGCAUCGAGCCGGAAGUUUUCAGGACAGUUAGCAGAGAAGGAGCUUCGCGACAUUCACCACCAGGUAGAUAACACUUCAGACAUCACACACUCCUCCAUCGAGAGUUUAAAGACCAUCACUGAUUUAGAAAAGAUCGUUUACGAUAAGAACAGGACCAUAACCACCCUGCAAAGUGACAUCACUUACCUCAAAUCCCUAAUGGGUGAGUCAGAAAACAAGCUGUUAGAUGUGACUAAAGAGCUUGAAGUUAGCAAGGAGAACUGCCAACAACUAUCCUCCCAGCUCAAGAAAAUUGUUCACCAGAAAAAUGAAGAGAUUGCAGAACUUAAGAAGCAAGUCACCAAGAUGAGCGUCACCGAAAACAGGGCAACGCAAAUCAUUAAGGUGUCGGCUAAAUACCAGGCGAUCAUACUCAAAAGGAUCGCAGAAAUAAAAUCAAAUACAGUUCUUAAAGAAUUGACUAAUUUUGGCAACUCUAAUACAACUUGUGAUAAUGAACUUCGACGAAGUCUAAACGCGGGGACCAUCACCAUGGAGGAUCUCGAGAAUUUCUUAGAAACCACUGAAAAGCAUCUAAAGAGAUGUUCAGAAAGGCAACUGACCUUACAGAAAGAAAAAGAUAGAUUGACUGAAGUCAAUAGGAUCAACGAAUCCGAGAUUAUAAAUUUGAAAAAGUUCUUGACUGAGUUGUCUGUACGUUUUCAAACAUUUAGUUCUGUAAAAGAUUUGUAUGCACAGAAGUUGAGUAGAGUAAUAUCGGUGCAAAGGACUGUGAGACGAGAGAUAUUGAACUUAGAUGGUCACGUCACAGAAGAGUGUAUGCUGAAAUUGGAAAGGGGAUAUGCGGCUGUGAUGCAGGAUCUGGCCGAGUGCGCCAUGAAUCUAGAAAGAUGGGUGGAGAGGUGCAUCGCGAGAACUAUAUCUACAGAAAAAAUAAAACAAGCUUUCUUGAAUGAGGACGAGCGCACUUCUUUCGCUCCUUCAAGUAUCCAGAACGUCGGGCUGGAGGUGCAGUUGGAUGAGCUGGAAAACUCGUUCCAGAGGCUUUUAGAGGAAGUGUCGCGAGCACCACAUGGGGAAGGCGCCAGGGACGCCCAGGCCGUCACGCUGAUGGAGGUGCGCGCCGAGUACGAGGACAAACUCAACAGAAUGAAGGCUAAAAUGAAACAACUGUAUACGGAACAAAUCGCUGUUUUCAAAGAGAAGCAGAAAAAAGAGAUCGCUAUGUUGGAGCGUGAGUUGGAACGAGCUCGGGACACGCUGUCGAAGUCGAGUCGGGCGUAUGAAGACCACAUUCGCGGACUGACCACCGAACUGUGGUCAGUCGGCGAGAAAUUCCUCGUGCAGAAGGACGAAGCCAAAUACCUUCGGCGCAAGCAACAGUCCGGCUCUUUAAUGUCGCUUCAACAUGUGCAUUCGUCUGGUCUAGUUCCAACCCUAGAAGAGCCUGGUCGAUCUUCAGACUCGCAAUCAUUGCGAUCAUUGCCUACCAUUAAUAAUGGUGGCACAAAGCGAGAGGGUCGUGGGCUGCAUGUGUCGGACGAGGAGGGCGAGGUGUUCGACAACCGCUACCUGCAGGAGUUGGCCACGCCGCGGCGGGCCGGCGGGCCGGGUCGGGCAGAGGGCCGCGAGACCGGCCCGCCUGAACGGCUGUCUGAGCUGCGCUGGCGCAAUUCACUGUGCCCGCCACACCUCAAGAGCUCCUAUCCCGCCGAGACACAGUUUACUCACGCGAUAGACGAAGAUGAAAUAAAGGCGAUGGGAGCGGCGGCGAGCCGGCCGCAGCGCAAGGAGGUGGGCAUCAUCGCGUACAAGAAGCCUGGACCUCCCACUCCGAGCAAACAAGCUGGAAGACUUUCGGCUACUGACUCUGAACUACGCGAGUCGUUACGUGUAGAAACCGAGCCGCAGCCGUCACGUAAAACAAGUACGCCGUCGAGAAUUCGCUCGCUCUUUCGCUCCUCCAAAGUGGAAACCACUGAAGGAACGCCAAGGAGCAGAAGAUUAAGCAAUAUUUUUAGGAAGAAGUAG